CAGUGAGAAAGACCAUGAGAGUCUGGCUAGCUGUUUUUGCCCUUUUUGUGGCCGCACAUUGCCGCAAGGUCUUUAUUGGAGACCAGGUUUUUAGAAUUAAUGCAGAAUCUGAGGAACAAAUUCAGCUCUUGAAGAGGUUAGAGGAGGAUUAUGUAUCAAAGCUGGACUUCUGGACUCAUCCUGUCUCAACAGACCUGCCUGUGGACAUUCAUGUUCCAUAUACCAGCCUAGGAACUGUCAAGACCUUUCUUCAGCAAAACAAGAUCCCAUUUCAUGUCAUGAUCAAUGAUUUGCAGGACCUCCUGAAUGAGGAGCAGAAAGAUUUGGUGAAAAAUGCAUUGAACCAGCGUAGUGCAAAGAAUAUCAACUUUGCUGCAUACCACACUCUGGAAACUAUCUACAAAUGGAUUGACUCCCUGGUGGCUGAUCACCCUAAUUUAGUUUCUAAACUGAAUAUUGGCAACUCUUAUGAGAAUCGUCCCAUGUAUGUACUGAAGUUCAGCACUGGAGGAAGCAAACGACCUGCAAUCUGGGUUGAUGCUGGAAUCCACUCCAGAGAAUGGGUCUCAGUGGCCUCCGCUGUGUGGAUGGCUAACAAGAUGGCCACAGAUUUUGGAGAUGAUCCUUCUAUUACCUCUCUUCUGAGCCAAAUGGAUGUUUAUCUGCUGAUUGUGACCAACCCUGAUGGCUAUGUCUACACCCACACAAAUGAUCGCAUGUGGCGUAAGACUCGCUCUAUCAACCCUGGUUCCAUCUGCCGUGGUGUCGACCCCAACAGGAACUGGGAUGCUGGCUUUGGUGGUCCUGGUGCAAGUAACAACCCAUGUUCUGACUCUUACCAUGGCUCAUCUGCACAUUCUGAGAUUGAAGUGAAGAAUAUAGUGGACUUGGUCAACAGCCAUGGCAACUUCAAGGCCUUUAUCUCCAUCCAUGCCUACUCCCAGCUCCUCAUGUACCCAUAUGGUUACAGCUGUACUGCUGUCUCUCACCAAGCUGAACUGGAUUUAGUGGGCAGAAAGGCUGUGAAGGCUCUCAGCUCUUUAUAUGGAACUAGCUACAAAGUUGGAAGCAUCUGCAAAAUCAUCUAUCAAGCCAGUGGUGGAAGCAUUGACUGGACUUACAACACUGGCAUCAAAUACUCCUUUGCCUUCGAGCUGCGGGACACCGGCCGCUAUGGCUUCCUCUUACCUGCCAAUCAGAUCAUUCCAACAGCAUCUGAGACAUGGCUGGCUCUUAAAUACAUCAUGGAAUAUGUUCGUGAUCACCCUUAUUAGGUAAAAAAGUAAUGUGAAGCAUCUGAAAUAAAGAUAAUCAAAAUCA